CUGCUGCCGCUGGAGAAAGGGCUCCUGGAUCCGGGGAGGAGGGAGCGAGGCAGGCAGCGAGGGAGCUCUCGCCGCCUCCGUAGACUCCGUGCAAGAGCAUUCACGGCGAGGGAGAUUGGAAAAGAUGGUGGGCACCUCCCGCCGCGGGGCCGCGGUGAAGGGCGGCCGCUGAGCCCCACGUCCCCGUCCCCGUCCCGCCGGAGCCCCAGCGAGGGGCUUUCGCAUCGCCCGCUUCGCCUGCCAUGGUCCCUCCGCCGGCGGCAUCGCCGGGCCACGCCGAGGGGCUUCGCCGGGGGACGGAUAAACCGCAGCAGCCGUGACGCCGUCGGCGGGAGCCGUCUCCGUCUCCGUCUCCGUCUCCGUCUCCGUCCGGGCGGCCCGGCCGCACCCGCGCCGCGCCGCGUGCUCCCGCGCGGGGCGGGAUGAGGGCGGCAUGGCCAAGCUGCUGGUGAAGCUGCAGCGGUACUUUCGGCGGAAACCCGUGCGCGUGUGCACGCUGCUGGCUCUCUACGCGGCGGCCGGCAGCCUGCUCCUCCUGCACGCCGGCUUCGCCCGGGGGCCAGCGGCGGCGGGGGGCCGCGGGGCCGGCGAGCCCCCCGAGCUGCCCUACGCGGCGGGGGUCCCCGCGGCCCGCGGCUUCCCGGAGCCGGCGGCGGUCGAUGGGGGCCGGCGCUACGGACCCUGGUUCAAAAGCGCCUCCAAGGAGGCGGCGGAGCGGAGCAAGGCGGGAGCCGCCGGCGGGACGCGGAGCCGGGCGCCCAGGGGCCGGGCCGCCCGCGACAAGGAGGAGGACCGAGCCAAGUACAUCGGCUGCUACGUGGACAACACGCGCCGGCGGACGCUCCGCGGCGUCUCCUUCUUCGACUACAAGAAGAUGACAGUCUUCCGUUGCCAGGACAACUGCGCCGAGCGGGGCUACCUGUACGCGGGGCUGGAGUUCGGCGCCGAGUGCUACUGCGGCCACAAGGUGCAGGCGGCCAACGUGAGCGAGGCCGAGUGCGGCAUGGCCUGCAAGGGCGAGCGCGGCAACACGUGCGGCGGCGUCAACCGCCUGGCCAUCUACCGCCUGGAGCUGGCCCAGGAGUCGGCGCGGAGGUACGGCAGCGCGAUCUUCCGGGGGUGCUUCCGCCGGCCGGACAACGUCUCCAUCGCCCUGCCCGCCAGCCAGACGAUGCUCAACAUGUCCGUGGACAAGUGCGUCGACUUCUGCACCGAAAAGGAGUACCCACUGUCGGCGCUGGCCGGGACCGCCUGCCGCUGCGGCUUCCCCACGAGCCUCUUCACCCUGCACGAGCGCGAGGACGAGCAGCUCUGCGCCCAGCGGUGCGCCGGCGAGGAGUACGAGAGCUGCGGCACCGCCGACUACUUCCUCGUCUACCAGACCCAGGUGCAAGACAACCGCUGCAUGGACCGCAGGUUUCUGCCGGCCCGCUCCCGGCACGUCGUCGCGCUGGCCAGCUUCCCCGGCGCCGGCAACACCUGGGCCCGGCACCUCAUCGAGCUCGCCACCGGCUUCUACACCGGCAGCUACUACUUCGACGGCUCCCUCUACAACAAAGGGUUCAAGGGCGAGCGGGACCACUGGCGGAGCGGCAGGACCAUCUGCAUCAAGACGCACGAGAGCGGCCAGAAGGAGAUCGAGUCCUUCGACGCGGCCAUCCUGCUCAUCCGCAACCCCUACAAGGCGCUGAUGGCCGAGUUCAACCGCAAGUACGGCGGGCACAUCGGCUUCGCCUCCCACGCCCACUGGAAGGGCAAAGAGUGGCCGGAGUUCGUGCGGACCUACGCGCCGUGGUGGGCCACCCACACGCUGGACUGGCUGCGCUUCGGCCGCCGGGUGCUGGUGGUGCACUUCGAGGACCUGAAGCGGGACCUGUUCGCGCAGCUGCAGCGCAUGGUGGGCCUGCUGGGCAUCGCCGCCCGCGAGGACCGGCUGCUCUGCGUCGAGGGCCAGAAGGACGGCAACUUCAAGCGCUCGGGGCUGCGGAAGCUGGAGUUCGACCCCUACACGCCCGAGAUGCGCCACGCCAUCGGCGGCUACAUCAAGACGGUGGACGCGGCGCUGAAGCUGCGAAACCUCUCCGGGGUGCCGGACGACUACUACCCGCGGUGACGGCGCCCGGGGACGGCUCCGCUCGCCCAGGAGCCGCUCGGCCCGCCCGGCCUCCGCCGCGUCCCCCCCGGGGUGGGGGGGGACCCGCUUUCCAUUCCCCAUCUGCUGCUAGUAGCUGUGAUCGCGUCCCUGCAUGAG